UGGCCCCACCGUCCGUGGCCUGGCAUGCGCUUGUUCAGUCGUAGCGAAGACAUGGCUGAAGAAAUAACCAGUGCUUCCACGUCUCAGGUGUCCAGCAGCAGCGAUGCGACGCCAAGCACUAGCCAUGUAGGCACUCAAGAAGCCCCGUUCACAUCGAAAGACAGCUCGAGGGUUCUUGAUGGCGCCUUGGAAGGCCAAAGAAGCGCGCAGGACAACCCGGCCGACACCACCACAUCCGACUUCUACAAUAUGUCCAGGACGUCCAGCGGUCACCAGUACCACUUUCGAAGAGACGUCACCACGAACGCGGCGGAAGUACAUCUCGCCUUCAAGAAAAAUUAUGCAGCUAUCGGACAGUACAUGUUCGAGCCGCGCGAAGGCCAGCACACAGCGCAUCCAGUUGUAGCCCAAGGAGGAGCGGCCGUUUCUCUGCCUCUGGUGUCCAGCAUUAGCGGCGAUGACGCAAUUCUCAGUACAAGCCGCGCGGACAUGGCAGAAGCCUGGGCCAUUUCGCAAGACCACGCGAGGAUUCCUGAUGGAACCAGCGCAAGAAACUUCGCAGGCAUCUGCAAUCUGCAGGGCGAAGCUUAUGGCUUUCCGCCCCAGUUUCAAAUACACCACGCCACAGAUGGGGCAAAUAACCCUCGCCUUCACCAAGAUUGUCAUCAACCCUUGGCGCAGGAUGGGGAUCUGUAUAACUGGCGCCGCCCCGGUGAAAAACAUGGCGCCUGCAAAAAACGCCAGCAAUCUUUCACUCCGAUGUGUUACCGGAGCCUGCUUGGAAUGGAGAGCACGGUCGAACAUGUUUGCGCAUUCUGUUCUAAAUCCUUCAAGCACAAGCCGGAAUUAUUCGCCCACCUGCGCGUGCACAAUCAUGCAAACCGUUACUUUUGCACAAUAUGUGAACGAUACUUUUCGAGGAGCCACACUUUCAGCCAGCAUCUCCGAACGCACAAGGGUGUAGUGCCGUAUAACCCUACCGAGUGCGACUCUUACUGCGUCGAAAAGGGAGCUCUCGGCAGGCAUGGGCAGCUCGAGCAGUGCUGCAUAUGCGACGCGUCGUUUGAAGAUAAUGUUGCGCUGACCGAACACCUUGUGACGCACUGUCCUGAAUAACCGGGACAGGGCGGUUAGUGCGACGACUCACGCGGAAAGUGACUGGAGGGACAACGUGCAACAGAAGCAACGCACUUAAUGAUAUCCGUGUCCUGCCGCAAUUUGAAGCCCCCAUGAAAACAGCUCGAAGUGUUCGCACAACGGGUGAUAAACCUACCGAUGCCAAUGAGUGCCAAAUCACACGUGCGUUCAGGAUAAAAAUGAUGCACCUGCGUGAUAUGCACGAUGUAGGCGAUGUAAGUGGGCUGCUGAAAAAAAAAUUCGAGAGAUAACCUCGGGAGAAUGCAUUGUUGCGCGCAUCAGCCGCCGUGCGCUAUUUGUAACUAUGUUGUCGGAUAACCUGUUGUUUUAGCAAUUACGACAAGCACUACUGUGUUGUGUAUUUUGCAUAUUGACUGUAGCAUGAAGAUGUCUGCAUAGGAAACGAGCCUCCUAGUUCAUUUCAGGAUGUUUUCUGUGCCCAUUUUCUUACCGUCUUUUAUUUGCUCGUUUAUUAUUUCUAUUGCAAGAACCAGUGCCUUCCCGCGCUGCCCACCGUAAAACCAGUGCACUAUCGGCCCUGGAUAGCAUUCAGAAGGCUAUACAGUCCCUCGUAAGGAACCGGGUCACGCUAGAAGAAACGCUGGUUUCCCUGCGAUGACGCUGAGACGCACUGGUCGGUGCUGGAAACGCGCUGCUGAUUGGUGGAGUUCCCUAGUGCCACACUCAUUCUAGUAUGUACACCGUUUUACAAAUUCGCAAGUGCGAUUAUACGGACUGCCCAUUUGUCCCUCGAAUGGCGACACGAGUCGUUCAAAUGAAGACGAAAUUCUAGCUGCACAGCUGGGGCUUUCGCAUAUUUUCAUUGCGAGAACCACGUCAACAUUUGUUCAGAUCAUAAUACGAACUAAGUGCACUUGAACACCGUUUCCCAAUAUCGCUAUGCCGCCUCCUAUGCCCAUCGCAGGAAAGCUAGCUUUACAUUAAUAAAAUAGGUCCGUUACACGCGGCGUAAAGAACACCAGCCGCUGAAUAAUAAAUGUCCGAUUCAUUGUUCCUGCGAGAUACAAGUCUGUUGUUUGACGCAACAGUACAUUGUGUGAUCGCAAACGUCUUAUCCCGUUCGUACCUCGGAAUGCAGGGGCAUGAACUACUCCACUGCGUUUUUGCCUGCAUAAGAUACUCGAGACGACUCGGAGACAACGCAUCGGAGACAACUGCUCAGGGCAACAGGAUGGUGUACUGGCGUAUCAUGCCCGCUCACAAUACUUAUGUCAGGAUAACAUCCGCGGCACGCUGUUGUGACUGUAGCUACCCGAUUGUUACCUGUUUCACGUGCCCAAAUGACGCCUUCACAUCUACUUUGCUGGAAGAAAUGACUCCCGUCAUGUACCUUCAGUAGCUUAUUUUUUUCUCUCGUGUUUAUAUGUUUCCAAAUAAAGUAGCAGGUGGUUAUCAUUUUUGACGUUUACGAUGUGUACCCUUUUAUCGUGUAUGGAGAUAUUUUCCUCAUACGUCGUGUGCGUAUUGCACGUACUCUCUUCUUUUCCUUGUAACUUUUAGGAACGUAGCGCGAAUUACGCCUGUGUUUGUUGAUUUAUGCGCAGCAGUAUAUUUGUUUGCUGCGUUGAUGUUAGCCAUCGCAAAAAUCCUGCUCCUUCAUGCAAGCCAAGCAAGCGAACUGUGUAAAUUUUUCAUGUAUAAGUGUACAAGACGUGUAUAAGUUAUUUGUGCGUCUCUUUUAGAUUUUAUCCUCAGGACAAGUGCAACUGUGCUGUUCUUUUAUUUCAUCUGACUAUAGUGCAAGAAUGCUUCUAUUAAAAUAUUUACCAUUGUUGUGUUGAAUAAACCCUAUACGAAAGCUGCUUUGGACGAUUUUCUUCUGGAAUGAUUGACAUGGCUAAACGACCCAAUAAAGAGGGCCUGCGAAAGAAAA